AUGAACCCCUGCCAAGAAACCAACGAGAAAAAGAGCAGCCCGGCUGCUCCUGGUGUUGACAGGAUUGAUUGUUGCUCACUGGAGGAGAGAAACGGACAAGAUGGUAUUGCCUAUCUCAAGCAAGAGGUCAAACAAGCAACCGAGCAGGACAAGCAAGGCCAGCCGUCCAAGACCGAGUCGCCACCUCUGGGUGAUGAUACUGUCGUCGUGACUAAAAGGAUGUAUCACAACAGCAGUCGUAUCAAGGGAGAUGACGAUGAUGUCAAACGAGCAAAUCCAAAGGAGGAUCAGCAUUCUGACGAGGACAUGGCAAAUCAUCCAGAGUCGACAGCAGCGCCUCCCCCACCAGGUUCUACUCCUGCCGUAACAACGAAGACGACGACGACGGCUAACCAACUGAAUCACGGAAUGCAAAGCGUUAUAUUUGAUGCUACUGACAACAUUCAAGCUCUGCCGUCUCCCCUCACGAGAAGAGCACAACUACCCGGUGCCUUCCAUGUCGGGGGGUUCUAUUCUUCUUCUAUUACUACAAGCAGGCCACCACAAAGAGAGACUUCACCUGAAACCAUCGAAACUGCGACAGCCAAUGUGGCCAUGGACAGACCCAGCAACAACAAUGACCUGGCAGUGGCCAACUUGGUGGUAGAAGAGGAUCUACACCCAGCCAUUCCCGAAGAUGUUGCUGCUGCUGCUACUAGAAAGAGACAAGAAAGUAACAAGAACAUCAAAAAGUAUGGUUGUCUGGGAGCAAUAUUCCUCAUAAUCAUUCUCAUAAUAAUUGUUGUUGUUGUGGUUUCCGUGAGAGGAAACAAAGCAACGGAUUCCACACUCAUGAUGCCAUCACUGGCACCCACAACUUAUCUUACCCAAGCUCCAACAGCUCUUGAAGGAUCUCUGCUGACUUUGCUUCCAGACGAGACUGUUCAUGCUAUAACAGAUGAUGCAGAAUCGCCCCAAUCCAAGGCUUGGCAAUGGCUCCUCCAAGACUAUGAGUUGCUUCCUUACUACUCGAAUGCUCGAGUUGUCCAAAGAUUCGCCCUUGCAACAUUGUAUUAUGCUACAGAAGGUUCAAAUUGGGCAGUUCAAACCAACUGGCUCGAUCACAGUGUUCAUGAGUGUGGAUGGUUCAACAGACCCGACUAUGCAAUGAUGAAUUCACUUUCGAAACUGUAUCCUGGGUAUCUCAGCGGGUUCUUUCCGUCUACAGAGCCACCACCAAAGCCAUGUGACGACCAGGGCCUCUACCAACAUUUUUGGCUUGAUCAGAACAAUUUGGCCGGUUUUUUGCCCACAGAAAUCUACCUACUUUCAACCCUCAAGACACUUUCCCUUGGAUACAAUCAGAUUCGGGGAACCAUCUCUAGUCACAUUGGACAGCUCAGAUCUUUGGAAGGACUCGAUAUGUCCACGCUACAAGAGGCUGGAAACAUCCCUUCCGAAAUUGGUUUGUCGACCACAUUGAGACACAUUGGGCUAAUAGGGAAUAAUCACCAGGGGCAUAUUCCAACUGAGCUCUGGCUACUCACAAGCUUGGAAUAUAUUUUGAUUGGGCUCAGUCCGGACUUGCAAGGCAGCAUUCCAGUAGAAAUUGGAAACUUGUCCAACCUUGCUUGGAUGAAUGUAUGGGGUAGUUCUCUCACCGGGACCAUCCCAACAGAGAUUGGGAAAGCAAGUUCUCUUGAAUGGAUAGUCUUGUAUGAAAACAGAUUGUCAGGAAGUAUUCCCAGUGAGUUGAUGCAGCUUCCAAAGCUACGGAUGCUAUCGCUGUUUGAAAACUCUUUCCAAGGCACAGUCCCCACAGAGCUGGGUCAAAUAUCUGAUCUGGCUCUGUUUGCAGUGAGGGAUUGCCAGCUCACUGGCCCAGUGCCAAGUGAGCUGGGACUCCUUACAGGACUUACCUACACUCUCAAUCUACGAAAUAACCAACUCUCGGGAACCAUUCCUUCAGAGCUUGGUCUCUUGACGAGUUCGGUAGAGCUAGACCUUGCAAACAAUCACUUCAACGGCCAGAUUCCCAGUGAAUUUGGCCAGCUUGAGUCUAUGGGCCAUUUAAGUUUGGCAGGAAAUGAUCUCUCUGGAACUGUACCGGAAGAGCUUUCAACUCUGCAUGAUUCCCUCCAUACCUUGAGGAUCGAGGACAACCUCCAGCUGUCUGGUACAAUCCCCCUUGGUAUUUGCAAUCUCAACAAUUCUUGUGUCUCCAAUGCGAUCGAUGUAUGUGAGGGUCCCUUUGGGUUGUCUUUUAACUGUUCUGGUUUGCUUUGUGGCUGUGACUGCAUUUGUGAUGAGAGAUGA